AUGGCUCAGAUGCAGAAAGAAGAGCUUUCUUUUGUUGAGGAUCUUCCUAAGCAUUUGACAGAUCCUCAUAUUGUGAGCUGCUGUGGACAUAAUUUCUGUGGGUCUUGUAUUGAGAGAGUAAAAGCUAGUAAUGGAUUCUGUCCUAUGUGUAAAGAGAAGGAAUAUCAAUCAUUUAUCGAAAAGAAGUGUUCACGUAUCAUCAAUGGAUUGGAGGUCUACUGCAGUAAUAAGGAGAAAGGAUGUCAAUGGAAAGGAGGAGAAUGUCAAUAUGAAGAAGUAAAGUGUCAACAUGAGAAAUGUCAAGAAAGAAGGCAACGCAGAUAUCUUAAGGAUCAUGAAGAUGACGAAUGCCCUCAACGUCUAUUUCAAUGCCAAUACUGCAGGAGUAAAGGUACGUUCCUCUCUAUUACAAAGGAUCAUUAUGAGGAAUGCAGGCAGUAUCCUGUUACUUGUCCCAAUAAAUGUGUGUCUACUACUAUGCCACGAGGUAGUCUCACUGCUCAUAUCAACGAGUGUCCAUUAGAGCCA